AGAACUCAAUUCUGUUUGCAUUCCUUCUCUGCAUAAUGUCUGAUAUUGUCAUCAGCCUGGUUGUCAGCCCUAUUAUACAGGAGGCACUAUCCAAAGCCGUUUCAUUUGCACGUACACACAUCCGGAUCUCAGCGGAUUUGAAGAGGCAGAUGGGGGAGCUGGAAUAUUCGCUCAACAUGAUGCAGGAUCUGCUCAAAGUUGCAGAGGACAGGGAGAAGCGUCACGAUGCAGUAAGGAAAUGGCUGCAGAGGGUCGAAGAUGAAGCUCACAAUCUGGUGGAUUUACUGGACAAAUAUUCUUAUGCAGUUCAUCAGCAGAACGUUGGAACCAAAGGCCAAAUCAAGAAUCAGGUGCACGCUUUCUCUUCUCUAUUCAUAUCCAUGCCUUGCCAAAUUAGGAGGAUUAAGGGCUCUUUGGAUAACAUUAGACGAGAUGCAAGUAUCAUUAAAUUACUCCAUAAUGAUGCAACUGUUAGCCAAGAUCAUAUUGAGACAACCCCCUAUUCUUCUGAUAAUUCAGAAGUUUUGGGAAGGAAUGAUGAUGUCUCAAAAGUUGUCAGAUUGCUGUCUGACUUGAGCAGGCAGAAUCCUCUCUCUGGGCUUUCCAUGGUAGGAAUGCCAGGUAUUGGAAAGACGACACUAGCGAGAUCAAUAUGUAACAGGGCAGAGGAAGAAAACUUGUAUGAUCUGGUGGCCUGGGUGUGUUUAUCUAAGAAUUUUGAUGUAAAAAUGAUUUUAAAAGCUAUGUUGGAAUAUCUUGAUAGCAAUGGUGGUUCAAUGGUUAAUACUGGUGCAAUACUUAAAAGGCUUAAAAGCAAGUUAGAAGAUAAAAGAUUUCUUCUUGUUCUUGAUGAUGUGUGGAAUGAAGAUCCUCGUAGCUGGAAGACUCUCUUCUCUUAUUUGUUAAAUAUUUCGACACCCACUGGGAACUCUAUUGUUGUAACGACUAGUAGAAAACAGGUAGUGGCUUCAACUUCUGUAAUGGAUGAAGUUCCUAUGCACAAGUAUGAAUUGCAGAAGCUAUCAGCUGAAGAAUGUCGGUUGAUAAUGGGGGAGAAGAUUCUCAGAUCAUCCAGAAUAACUACAAUACCUAUGGAUUUGUUAAAUAUUGCAGAACAGUGUGGGGGCUUGCCACUAGUUGCAGCUGUCAUUGGUGAAGCAUUGAGCCAUCAUACAGAUGCAGAUGAGUGGUUGGCUAUAAAAAAUAAUACAGCAUGGGAUUCACCACAUAGAAUGGAGAUUGUAUCUAAACUAAAGAAAAGUUUUGAUCAUUUGCCAUCACCUUUGAAAAAAUGCUUUUCUUACUGUUCAAUUUUUCCAAAAGGCUUUGAAAUUAGAAGGGACGAUCUAGUCCAACUCUGGCUUGCUGGAGGGUUACUUCACCAAUCUGAUGACAGCAAAUCAGAGAAAGAGGAGGUUGGUGACAAGUACCUCAAUGAUUUGGUAUCCAGUUACUUAUUCCAAGAUGUGAUGGAUGAGUGUGGAAAUAUCAAGUUUUGCAAGAUGCAUGAUGAGGUGCAUAAUCUUGCAUUGUUUAUUUCAAAAUAUGAAACAUGUAUUUGGUCAGAUAGCUGUCCCAUUGAGGAGGGUUCUAGUUUUCGACAUAUGAGGGUUAUUUUUGAUGAUGAUCGUCAAGCCAUUCCAAGUGGUGUUGCUGACAGGUUGCGAUCUUUGUUCUUGGAGGUUGAUGUUUUCCGCACCAGGGCUUUACCCCUCAGAAGUUUGCAAUCUUUAAAACUAGCAGCUGUUGACAGAAAAAAGUUGCAAGAAUAUCUUGGCAAAUUGAAGUAUCAUAUGAAAUACCUUGACAUAUCAGAAAGUGACAUUAAAGGACUACCUGAAUCUGUCACCAAGCUCUACAAUUUGCAGACUUUAAGAUUCAUGGGAUGCAGAUCAUUGAUGGAUCUUCCAAGUGAUAUUGGAAAUCUAGUUAGCUUGAGGCAUAUUCAUGUCAAUGAUGAAAGCCACAUGCCACGUGGUGUCGGGAAGUUAACUUCUCUUCAGACUUUGCCACUAUUUGUUGUGGGCACCAAAAAGGGCCAAAGAAUUGAAGAACUUAAAGAUUUAAGCCAACUCCGAGGAAAACUGAAAAUUUGCAACCUGGAGCAAGUACGUGAAUCAGAAGCUACUGAAGCAAAACUAGAAGCAAAGGUAAAAUUGUUCAAGUUGCAAUUUGUGUGGAGUAGAAAUAGAGCCAUCAGCAACAACAAUGAUGAGGUUGUUCUGGAUCGCCUUCAACCUCACUCAAAUUUGAAAAGCUUAACUAUUGAGAAUUAUAAGGGAGUCAACUUCCCCUCAUGGAUGGUGAAGGAUGUCAGCAGUUCAGCCUCUUCAUUUCGACUCAACAGUAUUGUGAAGUUGAAAUUAAUUGAUUGUGAUGAAUGUGGUGAUAUUUUGUGUCUUGGACUCUUGCCCAAGCUUAAGGUUCUCAAUAUAAGGGCAAUGUCAAAAGUGAAGAGGAUUGGCAGCACAUUUUAUUAUAACAGAAGCAACAUUGCAAGCAGCAGCCAGGGUGUCGGACGGUCAAUCACACCAUUUCCAGCUUUGAGAAAACUCAUUUUAAGUAACAUGACAAAGCUGGAGGAAUGGACAGCAGAAGACACAGAUGUGUUUCCUAGCCUAGACGAGCUGCAUAUUAAGGAUUGCCCUGAGUUCAAAACAUGGUGGAUUGAUGGAUCUGCAUCUCCUAUGCUCUCUAUACUAAGCAUACAUUCAUGUCCGAACCUGCAGGCUAUCCCAAGGAGGCUGUUGAAUUUAAUAUCUCUUGAUAUAAAUGAUUCUUGCAAUUUAAUGGGAUAUGCUAAGGAAUACACCAAAUGGUGCACCAUUUGCCACAUUCAUAGCAUCAGAAUCAAUGGCUUGGUGGUGAGGUAUGUUUGAUUUCCAAAUCUUAUUGUCUCCCUUUAUAUACCAUAUGUUCUAUCUCAGAUUUAGGCUGAGUAGUUUCCAAGUUUUUAGUAUUGCCAAGAGAAUGCAACACCUAAAUAGCAUUGCAAAGCUGAUUUUACCGAGAGGUAAUUAAUCUUUUUCCGUGACAAACUGGGUAGUGAUUCUAGUGAAGUUAUUGAUCCAAGUAUCUUUUGCUACAUUCUUGAUGAUGAUCAUACUCAAUUCACUUGUGGCCAAACCCCUUGCUACAAGAAGCUCCUAUUAGUCACAAAUUCCCAAGAUUUGUUUCACUGGUUUCUGAUAUAUCUUUCUGUGUUAGAGGCUUCCUCAAUCUGCUUUGCAAUCUGUAAUCUACUUUGACUGUUCUUGAAUCUAAAUUUCAUGUUCACGAGACUUCCAACUACCACUUCACUGUCUACAUCCAAUUGUCCAUAAUCAGACUUCCCUGAUGUUGCCAGGUUCCUACAUGCUGUAUGAAGUGAAUAUUUGGGCUUAGGUUAAAUGCUGUAGACAUCCAUCCUUUUUCC